AAGGUUGUCUCUGAGAAAGUAACAUGAGGUCUACUCUUUUUCUGGCGACUAUUUUACUAGUGACUGUAUCGGAUAUCACUGCUAAAAGCGUUAAACAUCCAAAACAUCACAAGUCAGAGAGGAAGCAGCACCAUGACCAAAGCCAUCAACGACAAGCUGUGGUUCCACCUGCGCAACCGACUGCAGCUGGAGCACCAACCACUGUAGCACCAACCACUGUGCCUGCUGCUGGAGCAUCAACUCCCGUAGCUCCAGGACCAGCCCCUGCUGCAGGAGUAAAGACCACCGUAGCACCUCCUGGUAGUACACCAGCAGCCGCUGGUGCAGUAGGAACAACUAAGGUACCAGCAACUACAAGUGCGACACCUGCGGCUGCCGGAGCAGCAGCAGCUCCCACUGCAAAACCGGCAACUACUAGUGUCGCACCCGCAGCUGGUGCAGCGGUAGCAACAACUGUGGCACCAGGGGAAUCCACAGCGAAGCCCGCAGCUGCCACCGGUGCACCUGCCGCUGCAGCAACCACUGUGCCACCUGCUGCAUCAACCGCAAAACCUGUAACUGCCACCGUUCCUGGCCCUGUAACAGCCACCGUGGCACCGGGUGCAUCAACUGCGAAGCCUGAAACUACACCCGUGGCUGCACCAGGAAAAGCUCCAAUUGUGGCAACACCUACCCCAGCGGCUCCCGCAGCAGGUAGUGCACCUACAACUGGACCAGCAUCAUUGCCACCCGCUGCCGCUGGAGCCAAGCCUGCGCCUGGAGCGCCAGUUACAGCUAAGCCUGCCACCGCCGCAAUGACAACUACAGGUCCACUAAAAUUCGCACCAAGCGCCUUUCCCGCCAAAGAUAAAGAAACGAAGACAGAAGGAGAGUCGUCCUCAAAGGCACAUUUCAGGAAGGAAGAUAAAAUCGACGAAAGGAAUGACAAAUCUCAGGAAGAAGGUAAAGAGUCCGACAGUGAUAGCAAACAUAAAACGGAGAAGGAGGCAGAGGACAAAUCCGAAAAGGCAAUCGGGGAUAAGUCUAAAAAUAAAGUUAAAGACGAGUCUGUGAAGAAACUGAAGGACAAGUCUGAGAAUAAAAAGCAUCAUCGUUUUCACCGUCAUCAGGAUUAACAGAUGAAUUCUAUUUGGCACUGCUGGACUGGACUUUGGAAAGAAAAAACAAAGACAUUGAGUAAACGCAUAUAACUAGCGCUUUUCGGCGUUUAGCGCAAAUUUUACCUAUUUUGUUGGCAUAUUGAAAA